UAUAAAUGGUGAGGUUUGUUUUUGUUCCCUUCUCUCUCUGUGUCUGAGUUUGAGCAAUUUCCUUGAGAACCCACUUGCUGCAGGCGUACCCAAGCGCUCCCCGUUUUCACGUCGUAAGCCUUUUGCUUUCACUAUCAGUGUAUAAAAACAAGAGUUCUAGUUCUAGAAUACAACUUUAUUUCACUUGCCAGGCGCAAAUACACUCCGCAAGAACCUACCAACAUCUACUUCUUUGUUUGAUGACAGUAUUCUAGUUGUCAAAAAAAGUCACUUCUACUCGACCUAAAAGACACUAACACCAAGCCCACCAAAAAAUGGCGCCGCUCGCUAUUGAGAUGGGACAACCGACACAGGGUUCCAUGGCUUCCGAUCCCAUGGACCUGGCCUGUGUCCAAGAAAAGCAGACGCGAGACCUUGAGGCACAGAACAACCCUCCGGAAGAUCAUGUCGAUCGCUGCUACCUCGAUACCCAGAUGGAACAUUUUUGUUAUGGACUAGAUACCAUUGAUUUUCUAUAUCGUGCCAUUUUCGAAAAAUCCAAGAUGAAGAUGAUAACAUUUUCCACGAUAAAGAUGAUAACAUUAAUAGCACAAAAUAUAGAGGAUCAAGAGGAAAUCAGUGCAGUAGAGUUAAUGGGACACUGUAGUUGAACUUCUUUCAUAGAUGAACAACAAGAAACAGCUCCUACCUAGAACUGAUGUCGUGGAUUUUCCUCCACCCGACACUCUCUAAUCUGAGAUCGAAGGUGAACAUCAAAUGGCAUCGAAGCCCAUCGCUAUCCGCAUCCCGAUGUACAUCAUUGGUUCGAUCCUCACCCUCGUUGGCCUCGCUUUCUCGGUAUUCUUUUUGGUGCUGUGGCUCCUGCUCAUGCCGAUCAAAUUUACGGAUUUGAGGGAUUUGCUUCAUUCUGCAAUAAAGGAUCAUAUCCUUGAUCUGCAGUUCUUCCUAGUCAUUCUGCAGUAGUUAGUCGUAGCCUGAAGGAGAUACUACUAGUUGUAGUUGUGUUUUGAUGAGUAGUUGUAGAUGACAAAUACAUCAGGUGGAGGAGCUCUCGAACAAGUUUCCCCAAUUGUAUCAUCAUCAUCAUCAUCAUCAUCAUGAUCAUCAUCUUUUUCUCAAGCAGUCAUCGUCUGUCGAGGAUGCUUCACGCUCUAACAAAAGCUGCACCCCUGCUGGAUUUAUCGUCUCCAUCGCAGAAUGCCUCAUGCAACAGGGUGUCAAGCUGCCGCUGCGCAUCGCGAAAUGCUUUUUCUAG